UUAUAAACAAUAUAAUAACCGUCUGAUAUUAACCUUCCUCUGAAAAACAAUAACCAUAAGCCCAUCGGCUUGCUCACUCCUUUAUCAAACAUAGAAUAGUCCUUCCCAAAAAGAGCGAGACUAAUCGCUGAAAAUGUGAGCGUUCGAGGCUAUUAACGGCUGAAUUAGCCUGAUUGCCUCCAAAUAGAUAUCUAUCAACUAAAACAAACCAAAACACCAACCUACCGUCCCUAUUGUUUGUCAUAAAAUUAACAAAAUAAAAAAAAUAAAACAGUCUGGACUGAAAAUAACAAAAUAGAAAUAGUAAAACAAUCUUCCAAACCCUGACCGUACAUUUCUUCCAUGGCGGCGGUUCAGGAUGGGGACGGAUCAUCAUCUCUUCGCCUUCUUUCUCCAUCACCUGAAUCUGGAAUUCUCCAUGCCUCAUCACCCGUCUAUCAAUCGAAAGUUGAUCUCUACCCUUCACGUCCACCAAAACACCGCAGGCAGCAACCGACUGAGUCGACCAUAACAAUCCCGCCGAUCCCCAAAUCAGCCAAUUGGAUUCCAACUACGCCCCUUCACCGGACCCCAAACCUCCAAUUUUCCAACCGGAUAAACACAGUUGGUGCAAUUUCCAUCUCAAUCAUCAACAAAGCCAAAAUAGUCAAACCAAACAUCAGAAAAUCAAGCCUCACAACCCUAGUCGACACAGGUCCAUGACCCCUCCGACACCGCUGAACGCAAUUGAAAUCACGACAAACAUUUUUUUUCUCCGACAAAUGGCUAGUACCAUGUUGUUUUUGAAUGGCUCUUAUCAUGGCUAGAACAUGGAUUAUGAUGCUUUGCUUUGGUAGCUGGUCAAUUGUUCGGGUUGGGGCUAAGGGAUGGCAGAUUGGGGUGGGCAUGAUGUUGGACUUAACAACAAGUGCGUAAGGUGACAUCGGAAGCUCUGUUGAUCUAUCGAUAGGUCAUAAGGAUCCUUGCCAAUGGAGGAAGGAGUGAGGGUGUCGACGACAUGCUGGUGUGGGUUGGUCCAAAAACUGGAAGGGACGUGUUUUGCAAAACCCACCUUGGUUUUGCA